AUGUUCACAGCAUUCUCUGUAACGGUCUGUGGAACCUCCCUGUUCAGAAUCAAAUAUGACGGUAAUGACAGUUAUGAUUGUUGCAACCUAGGCAGAGGAGGUGAUACAGGCUCGCCAGACGUAAUAGCAGAUGCGCAGAGUGCAUGCGCUCAGCCUAUUAGCGGAAGCAACCCGUUGAUGGACGCAGAUGGUAACCAGGUUAACUUGUCACAGGAUCAGAUGGACAAGAUUAACCAGGAAACGUUGAAGGGUAGGUUGGUAAUUUACUCUACGACGGACCAGAGUGCCGGAGGAUGGAAGUUCACCGGGGAAGUCGAGAAAGACCUGAGUAUCCCGGGUGGUGUAAUAGGCGGAUAUGUCGGAGCGGAUGGUAAGAAGGGUGGGCGUGGCGGGGGUCGGGGAGGCGGUGAUUGUGGCAAGAAUAAAGGUUGCGAGAAGAGGCAAGUAUAUCCAGGUACGUGGACGGAGAAGCGGGACAAGGAUUUCGAAGUCUCAGGUGCGGAUCUAGAGGCACUUUGUUCAGUAGAGUGGUGA